AUGGCCUCUGCUGCAGUUCAAGUCCCACCCAGCCACGAACCAUCGCCACUUACACAAAAGACCUCGGUCCCUACUUCCUCGGAGAAACCCCGCCAUGUUCAAACCAAGCUGCAUUUCCUGAAAGAGCUUGAGGAUGGCUCCCAUCUCACCCCAAACUAUGUCACACGGCCCGACACCUACGAACGGCCGUCCGCCGAGCUUGCCGUCACCGUUCACGACGUGAGUGGCCAUGAACUAGACUACACACUGGACAAGAAUGGUUUUCAGUACUACUACCAUGAGAGUCGGGAGAAGGACUUCCUGGAUGAUGAAAAAAUUGCAAGAGAUUACUAUCCAGAGACGGAGCAGCUGUUGAAAGACGCAACUGGCGCUUCUCGUGUCUUCAUCUUCGACCAUACAAUUCGCCGUGCACCCAAGGAUGUGCGGGCUCAGUCCACGCCCCAACGGGGACCUGUUCAGCGUGUGCACAUCGACCAGUCCUAUGAAGCAGCCAAGAACCGUGUCAGUUACCAUCUCCCUGAGGAUGCCCCGGAGCUCCUCAAAGGACGUUAUCAGAUCAUCAAUGUUUGGCGGCCUAUCAAGCCGAUUCUGAAAGACCCGUUGACCGUCGGGGAUGCUCAUACGCUUCCGGAUAGCGACCUCGUCGGCAUCAAGCUGGUCUACCCGGAUCGUGAGGGCGAGACAUACGCAGUUAAACCCAACCCUGACAUUAAAUGGUACUAUCGCUACGGCCAGACGCCGGAUUUGGUCACCUUGAUCAAGUGCUUUGACUCCAAGACGGAUGGUCGGGCCCGCAGAGUUCCUCACUCUGCGUUUGUUAACCCGGAUACUGUGAAUGAGGCGCCACGGGAGAGUAUUGAAGUCAGGGCAUUAGUUUUCCAUCCGGAUGAUCAGGAGUAG